GCUUUGCUGGAUCCUUCUCAAAAGAAGCUCUACAAAGAUGUCAUGCUGGAGACCUACAGGAACCUCAAAGUUAUAGGCUUUAAUUGGGAAGGCCUAAAUAUUGAAGAACGUUGUCUAAGAUCUAGAGGACACAGAAGGCAUGAAAGAAGCCAGAGUACAGCAAAACCCUCUGAAUAUACUAAAUGUGGUAAAGCCUUUAUUUUACAUGCUCACAGUCAUAAAAGAACACAAACUGGACAGAAACAUUAUGAAUGUAAUCAAUAUGGCAAAGCUUUUGCAAAUCACAGUCAUCUUAAAAGGCAUGAAAGAAUUCAUACUGGAGAGAAACCCUAU